AGUAUAGAGGCGGCGCCUCUUAAGGGGAACGGGCCGCUGGCGCAGGCGCAGUAAGAGCUGGCUGAGGGCGGAGGAGGAAGUGAUCCUAGCGUUUCGGGUUUUGAGCAGUCUGCGAGGCUGGCAGGAGCUGGGCAGUUGCUUUUCAGAGGGUGCCUGUUGGGAAGAAGGGCCGCUACGGCCUUCCUCUGCUUCGCCAGCGGCCCGUGACUACUUGUUUAUUUGGAAGUUUGGUUUUCCCUGCCUAUAGCCAACCAUGAGCCCAGCUGAUACCAAGCGCUGUGGGACCAAGCGUCGGAAAAAUAAAAGAGGCGGCCUUGUCCCAUCAAACCUAGCUGGAGUCUUCGAGGUCAAAUCUGUAGGACCAUCUUCCAAUAUUACCCCCUCCUGCUCCUCUUUCUCCUCCUCAACCCCAUCUACUUCUACUGUAGCCUUCUUGCAGUCUUCCAGUACCAACAUAGCUUCUUCUAGCACUGAAAAUAGUCUUCUGACAGUAGUUGCUCCAGCUCCCAACUUGAUUUCUAGUGAAAGAAUGAAGAAGGCUGAGUUUCAGAAAAAGCACUGUGGAGGAACUUGUAAAAGAAACACAGUUCUGAACACGGGUCCUGAAACAGCUUCCCAAGAACCAAUUGAUGUUGAAGUUAACACUUGUGAAGAAGUAGUUGACCUGACUUGUGAAUCUUCAGAACCAAUAGUAGUUGAUUUGACACACAAUGAUUCGGUUGUGAUUGUUGAAGAAAAUAUUUGUCAACCACAAAAUCAAGAAUUUAGAAAUCAACUCCCUGACAGCUGUAUAUUAAGCAGUGAUGACGAUGAACCAAGAGAUGAAGUGAUUUUAACUAGCACACUAACUAAAGAAUUGGAAUUAUUAGAAGAUGAUGUUCCAAGUUCACACCGUUCAGGUACUGUGAGUUGCCCAAUUUGCAUGGAUGGUUAUUCAGAGAUUAUUCAGAAUGGACGGCUCAUUGUAUCAACAAAAUGUGGUCAUGUCUUCUGUAGCCAAUGUCUCCGGGAUUCUCUAAGAAAUUCUAAUUCUUGCCCAACUUGUAGGAAGAAACUUGGCUACAAACAGUAUCAUCCAAUUUAUAUAUGAAACUUAGAUCCUUCUGUACUCUUCUGAAUGCUUCAUAUACGUAUAUUUUCAGCAACAAUAGAAUAUUAUAAUUUCCCAGAUGCAACAGUUAACGUGCAGACCAUUAUGGAGUUUUAUUAGUAUGUAAGCUUUUUUAAAAAAAAAAAUGGUUAAUCCUAUGAAGUUGGCUUUAUAGUCCACCAAAGUAUGUAGAUGUUUGAAGGACAGUUAGCUACAAUGAAAGCAAAAUGGUGUUGCCAUGCUGUUUUUGAAAAAUGACACCUCUUCAAGAUAACAUUUUUUUACUUCAGAUGACAGGAUGAAAAUCUCUUAAUUUGCUCAAGAAUACAAGUCAUGUUUAUGAUAAUGUGAGUAAUAGCAGCCUACAUUUUUCUUUUUGCAUUUCAUUCUCAAAAAAUUUGAACCCACGUUUGUUUCCUGAUGAUAUUCUACCUUUUGCGUGAACUUCUACAUUUCCAAGAAGACUAUAUUUUGUAGCCAAGGUGCACCACAUUUCUAACAUUAAAUGUUUAAAUCUUUUAUUUGGAGCCUUUUUGGAAGACUGUAGUAGGACCAUAACUAGAAAAUGUUUGACUCUAAAGUAUAAUCAUAAAGAAAUAUUUUCUACAUGCACCUAACUUAACAGAAGAAUAAAUUGAAACCUACUUCAUCACCAUCUCAGAACAAGGCAAAGUGAAAUGUGAAUUCUGGCGUAAGAAGCUUAUAGUUCAUAUAUUUGACACAGUGAAGAUAAUGAAUGCUGUCUUUCAGUAAAUACGUUUUCAUCCUGGUGUAUUGAAGUUCUAAUGUUUCUUUCAAUUCUCUUCAUAUAGUCAUGAAGUGCAGACUGAACAUUUUUAAUCCUUAUACUAUCAUUGAUAGUAGCAAAAUGCAAUAGGUGUGUUUUGGAAAUAUUAAGAAAGUCCUUAUUGGUUGCCAUUAACAAAUAAUUAGAAUGAUAUAGCAUGAAAAAUACAACAGUAAGUUUGUUAUUAAGAAUUUAAGUUUGGAGCUUCAUAUUUUUGCUAUAUGCUACACUGAUGAAAAUAGAACUUGUAGUUUCUGCAUAGGCAGAAGGAAGUGAGCCAUGCAGCUUGGAUAGACAAUUUAUGUUCUAUUAUCUAUAUUGAUGAUGUUUGCUUAUUGUAUAAUCAUGAAGGGUUUCUUAGCAGCUACCUUUCUAAAUGAAAGCUAUAUUUACAAAUUAUCACGAAUACACAACAUAGAAAUAAUCUCUAUAGUAUUAGGAAUUUCAAUACACAAUUGAAUAUUUUUUUUUCAUUUUUAAAUGUUAAAAAUGAUAUGGAUUCCCCUAUCCGUUUAUAUUAGGGCAGUAAAAAUUAGAGAUGUGUAUAAAUCAGAAAGAAUAUUUUGUUUCCAACACAGAACUAAACCAUUUCAUUUUGGAGGUUCUGGCAAUCUUUCUUAGGUCCUUCGCAGUUCAGCUUUAGCUUUAUUUAUUCUAGGUUUUAGAUGAAAUUUGAAUAGGGUAAGAUUAGUACAUAUUAACCCUUCCUCUGUUUCUACACUGCUGCUCCUAAUAAAGAAUAAAUAAAAGUCUGUAUUUUUCCCCUCUCAGCAGCUUUACUGAUAUUCCAGAAUGGCAUGUCCUGUUUGCCCGAUUUUCCCAGAUCUUCUCCUUUCAGCUACCACUGAUGUUCCAGCAAGCGUUGCCCACCUGUGUCCUAAACUUCCCAUCACCUCUCACUAUUUUCUCUCAACUAUUGAUAUUCACUCCUGAAACCACUUCUACUUGAAACAGAGUAGCCUAAUUUCUUCGGUAUACAGCAUCUAAAAUGUGUGGCUCAGUUCAGAUUUGGACCAGCUAUUUCAGAAUGAUUUACAUAAAAUGUGAAACCUUAUUUGGAAUUUCCUUUGGGAGUUAAGAGGCCUGCUUAUCCAUGAGCAAUUCCCACAUGCUUAAAGGUUGCUAUAUAAUCAACUGAAUCCAUGUAAUUGGUUCAUUUAGAUGCAAUAAGAACAUUUACUGAAAUCAUUCUCUAAUACAAGUUUAGAAAUCAACAUAAUUUUUAUAUUACUCAGAUACAGUUUUACUUGUUAAAAUUUCACUAUCUAGGAGCACUUUUUGUCUCCUAUAUUUACAUAUUUGUGAACUGGAUGACUAGAGUAACCCAUGCCAAAAUCUAGACCUCUAAGAAAAUAAGGUUGAAUUCUACUGAGCAGAUUUCUUUUGAUUAAAUAUGUUACAAUCAGAAUUCAAAUAAAUUAAUCUAGUUGUCUAACAAAAAAGCUGCACAAUUUGUUAAUUGCUAUUCUACAAUUUGUCAUUAAUUCAAGUCUGCUUGGUCUAGAGUGAUUUUAUUGCUAGCUUUUGAAAGUUCUGCUAGUUAGCAAGCACAUCAACUGUAGCAUGUUAAAUAGGUUUAAACUGUAAUGUAAUAUUAGACCAUUGUUCAGUAGUUCAUACAUGAACCUCAGAGGAUGUGUUAUUUCUUUCUCAAUUAAAAUCUAUGCUGAAGGCUUUUGCUUCUAUUUUCUUCCAAAUAUAGUCUUUUUGCUAGGGAAGAGAAAGCGCAAAAAUGUUGGUUAAACAUGAUUAACAUUAUAGCCUAUAAUUUUAGCAUUUUCAAAAUAAAAUCUAAACACAAUUCUGAAUUUGUUUUCAAGGUGAUACUGAUUUAUACAAAUAUGCAUAAUUUUAAAAAAUGGCAAAUACCUGUAUUCCCUUCCAUCCUAAAUAUGUAGAAUCCAUGCUUUUUAUUUAUAUGUUUCUAUAUCAUGUCUGUGUUAGUAUAUUAGACAAAUUUUAUUACAGAUAAAAGUAAAGCUUUUUACAUACUUGA